AUGCCUCAGAAGCGGCGCUCGCAGUCGUGGACGGAACUCAAACAAGCCGGUAACGAGUGUUUCAGAGCGGGUCAGUAUGGAGAAGCUGUGACCCACUACAGCCAAUCCAUCCUGCAGCUGGAGAAGUCUGGUCAGAAGAAAAAGGAAGAUCUGGCUAUUUUGUACUCCAACAGGGCCGCCAGUUACCUGAAAGACGGAAACUGCAAUGAAUGCAUUAAAGACUGCACAGAGUCUCUUGAAUUGGUUCCUUUUGGAUUUAAAGCUCUGCUUCGCCGGGCGUCAGCUUACGAAGCCAUGGAGAGAUACAGACAGGCUUAUGUGGACUACAAAACUGUUUUACAGAUAGACUGCAACAUACCAGCUGCUCACGAUGGCGUCAACAGAAUGACCAAGGCUUUGACGGAUAUAGACGGACCAUCUUGGCGAGAGAAACUGCCUCCGAUUCCCACCGUUCCAAUGUCUGUGAAAGAAAGCCUAGCGCAAGCCACCAACUCGGCCUCUAACUCACAACAGAACGGAGUGAUUGACAACAAGAAAAAAGCACCAGGACCUGAAGCUGUUAAAAAGGCCAAAACUCUAAAAGAAGAAGGCAAUGCAUUUGUGAAGAAGGGCGAACACAAGAAAGCCGUGGAGAAGUACACACAGUCGCUCAGUCAGGACCCCACAGAAGUCACAACCUACACAAACAGGGCUCUCUGCUACCUGUCGUUAAAGAUGUAUAAAGAAGCUAUUAGCGACUGUGAUGAGGCUCUUCUAUUGGAUUCUGCCAACAUUAAGGGAUUUUACCGACGUGCCCAAGCAUACAAGGAACUUAAAAACAAGAAGUCUUGUAUUGAAGACCUCAACAACGUGCUUAAAAUCGAGCCAAAUAACGCAGCAGCACAGAAACUCCUGCAUGAAGUACAGAAGAUGAAAUAACAGUGAUUGUAAAGUGGACAUGAGGAAACUUUCCCCAAGUGCCUCGAGUUGAUUUGCUGCUCAAAGCUGCAACGUUUGCUACAAAUUUCUGCUCAUCCUUCAGAUAUGCACAUCAUAAUGUUAUUUAAAAAAAUAGGAAAUAGUUUUGAGUGUUCAUGUUCAUAUAGGCACAUUUGACUGGGUGUAUAACUGUCAUUAAAAUGGCAAUCGGGUUUCCUUUUGAAACUCCAAUCUUGUGUUUGUUUGGUCAGACUUGUUCUGGUUGUUAAAUUAGUCAGUCACUAAUCGAAUCUGAUGUUGAUUUGGCAUGUGAUUUUAAUGUCUUUUUCAUUACACAUUUAACUGACAAUUUCCACAUAAUACACUCAGUUUUAGGGCUGUAUUUUCUACAAAAUGUGUUCAUGUUUUACACUUACCUUUAGUCUUUUCCAGAGAAAGUACUCCGAUGUGUUGUAUUGUUGUGGGUUAAUUACUGUCAAAACCAUUUAAUGUUUAUAUACAUUUGUAAAGACUUGACACCUGUAUUUAUUGAUGCCAUUUUCCAUCAAAACAAUGUAAACGGGUCUUUAAUUUAAAGAAAGUAAUGAAUCUGAUAAUAAAGGACAAUGUUCAGUAA